AUAAGCAGCUGCUGUAGACGUAAGAAGAAGCAGAUUUAAUAAACAACAGAAAAUCUUGUAAUUUGCAAUGCUAUUCUAUUCAUUCUUCAAGUCGCUGGUUGGCAAAGAAGUUGUGGUCGAACUGAAAAAUGACCUAAGCAUAUGUGGUACACUGCACUCCGUGGACCAGUAUCUCAAUAUAAAGCUGACAGACAUCAGCGUCACAGAUCCCGAAAAAUACCCGCACAUGUUGAGCGUCAAGAACUGCUUCAUCCGCGGCUCCGUGGUCCGCUAUGUCCAGCUGCCCGGCGAUGAGGUGGACACGCAGCUCCUGCAGGACGCAGCGCGCAAGGAAGCGGUGGUUAGCACGAGAUAGAACAUGCCCGAAAGUCUAUGGUACGAAUUAUACAUACAUAUAUUAAGCUGAACUUCCAAGCGCAAGAAAAUCCGCCAUUACGCGGUGUUCAUUGAGUUGUCUCUGUUUCUGACCUAUAUCUAAGCGAAAAACUGUUAAGCAAAAGAAGAAAAAACAA